GCAACAUAGCGUCUACGUGCUAGUCUCAGUUCCUGUCUUUUUAGCGUCCGCAUUUCAGCUCCGGAUUGUCUGUUGUCUGUACUUUCAGGAAUUAGGUCUCUGUAGUCUCGAUUUUUCCUCCCUUUUGCGAGUAGCAUUUUAUCAAUGUUCAGUAAAGGUAUAGAUACCAAGUUAUGUUUAGUGUAUCACUACAUGUCAUUUUGGAGGCGGUUACAAUAACACGAUAUAUUAUGUAUGUCAUAGAAAGAUUUCACACCGCAAAAUUUAAGACUUACCAAGUCAAUUCUAGUCACGUCAUUUUACUAGUCACGUCAAAGUGAGUUCGCAGUCGCAUGUUUAACUCACUAAGUCACAUAUUUACUGCACUUCAUUAUUCUCUUCACAAAAUCACAAUUCUCAAAACGCAAUCACGCGUCGUCCGUCCUUCGAUUUGGCAACGAAACGAGUCAUAAGCCAUCACAUUUAGCCGCAAUUUCAAUUUUAGCAACAACAAAAUCACUGUUUGCCACCAUUAACGUCAGUCGCAUCAUCGAAAAAUCACACACAAAAUUCAAUCCGUACGUCGAACAUUGGUGCAAAAGAAGCACGCGCUUGCGUAGUCCAAUUUUUACCGUGUUGUCUUCAAUUCCCAUAUUUCACAGAGCAAUGCGACUUAUCUAACUUACUUUUCCUUACUGUUAGCUUAUUUUAUCUGAAAUGUGAGAGCGAAAAUUUUCAGCGUCUUCAUCAAAUUUACUACACGCAAUUUACUGCAGCGCAAUAAAAACAACAAAAAUAUAGAAAAAAGGAGGCAAAAACAUUUCUGCGACAUUUUUAGCGUUAAAAAAGAAGGACGAAAAUUGCUUGAAAAUGAAAAGUGUAGUCAGGUGAAACUUCAGUUGGUGCGAGUGGUGUUUAUUUUUGACAACAGGAACUCACAGAUUUCGUUCCUUUCCUGUCGCUUGGGCCAAUCAAUGCGACAGGAAGAGCCUUUUUCCUUACUUAUGCACAAUAAUCACAGCCUUCUAAAUAACAGAAGAAUAAAGCAGAGGCUCAUUUGUGAUAUAACUCCAUAUCUUGUCUUGAGCUGCAUAUGUGGUUGGUGCGUUGUCUUGUCUUGUCACAUUUCGCCUAUUGACAUUUUUGACAUUUGGCCUAGCAGCGCAACACACUUCCUUAUAGAGCAUAGCGAGUCCACACACGUGAACACAAUUGCCAAACACACACAGACGUUUCCUGUCCCGAUUCUUUUCAUGCUUCCCAAUUGAUUUCUUUCCCGCACACACUAAUACUGACUGACUCAGUCAAUCACAGCAGCUCAAAAGGGCUCUCUUGUUUUCCACAAUUACAGACAACCCGCCCGGCCGGGACAGCCAAGCAGGACCGACCUUACAUUACGCCACACACAACAUAGAGCUUUGUGGUGUCGUAAAAUUAGCUUUUCUUUUACCACACAUUACUUAUUCAGAGCCCGAUUCGACACCCAAUGCAAAUUGCGUGGGUCUGCAUUACUCGCAAGGAAAUUUAACUCCACUGAAAAUACAGAUUUCUUGAAUGCAUUUUUGUCGGUUUCGUCUCCAGAAAUUUAUGUAACUUCAUAAACUGACACAAAUUGAGCUCGAAAAGUCUACAUAGUCCUGACGUUUCAAAUUAUUAUUAUCAAAUUGUAUUUUGAAACAGUACCCAAAUGAAGUUUGACGAUCCUUCUCCUUCUAAAGGUCAGAUUUCUCCUCGUGGUGGGUCAACUCAGGCGCAAAUUAACACAUUACGGUGCACAGUGUCGUCUUGCGCAUGCAGACAUUUCACACCCAGUGCGAAUAAUCAAAGAGAGUGCACGAAUUGCAGUCACGGUUGGAUUCCACACGCUGAAGAUAAACUGCAUCACGGAAUUUCGGAUUUGGUGCAGACUCCUCAGCCUGUCAAUGUGGAUGUCGUAUUUGAUGUUGCGUCUUUAAUUCUCUACGGGUCGCAGGCAAUCCCGAUAAAACUGAAGAUUUUGCUCGACAAGUUGCUUGCAAGAUUGCAACAUAGUGAAGUUCUACAGGUGAUUUAUUCGCUGGCGUGGACAUAUGAAGACUACGUUCGCGGUUACAAAUACAAGGAAGGUCUCUUGACUCUCAGCUCUUGGAUACUUCCUAAUCAAGAUGAAGAAAAAAUAAUCCUUCGGCACUUCGCUAAAUUCCCAGAGACCCGAGAUGUUGCCAAUAAGUUCAUUCAAGUUUUGGAAGAUGGGAAGAAACAUCAGCCUAAUUCCGAAGAAGCUAGAAGCGUUUAUCAAUCAAAGUUACGAGGAAUCAUCGCUUCGAUGCCAAGCAGCAUCGGGACACCAAGCUCGCAUGUACCGCCAGUGCAAAGUCCGGUGCUGUUUCACGCGAUGUCGGGGGACAAUAAGUCGCCGUCACAUUUUUCGCUGAGGGGUCCUCCCGGAUUGAUGCAGCCGUCGAUUAGCCUGCCGACAAAGACAACCCAGAUUGUGAAUCCUGUUCCGAAAAUCACGCAGCCCUUUUCUGAUUUCUCUCCGAGAAUUCAGUCACGACAAACGAUAACGAUCAAUCAGAAUGAAGAAAUCAUUGAGCCUCAAUCGAUGGCCUUGCAGAGUAAAACUUCGCCCGCGAGGUCCCGACCUCAAAAUCCGAGUCCAGCUCUAUUCACCUGUACAAUCUGUAAACGAACAUUCCGAUCACCUCUGAUGUUUAAACUGCACAAGAACCUCCAUGCCAAAGAUGCGAACAAUUCGGUAGUUUUGAAACGAAAACCGGGAGCUGUUCAAAAGAAACCAAGUUCUGUUUUUGCGACAAACUUCGAAAAUGUUUCUUUCGGGGAAAUGGAAUCACAAGGGAGCUCUUCGCAACCACAAACCACAGCGGACGGAAUUUUAUCGAAAGUGACUGAGCGAAAAUUAGUAUCAAACAAUGAGCUUCAGAGUCUUCAGAGCUUAGUUGCACACUUGGAAAAGAACAGUUCUCAAUCUAAGUCCAAUGAUAGUGCGACAACCGGAAGACCAGGUGCUCAAAAAAGCCCGCUGAAAUGUCCAAAUGUCAAAAUAGGACAUGAUGUAAUUUCAUACCCUCCAAACGCGUCCCUGGAGAUUGGACCCGGUGGCACUAUGAUUCCGACCCUGAACUGCAAAGCCACAGCAAGUCCAACGAGCACAACUGGAUCAACUAGCAUUGCGUCCAACUCAUCUCGUGACUCGAGUUCAAAUGAGUCCAAAAGUGGGAAUCCUUCGCUGGAGUUUGACCUCGAGGUUCCGGUGUUUGCUGAGACGAUGGAGGGUCUUAUUUGUGGAGUUUGUCACAAAACGUACAAAAACAAGACCUGCUUGAAGCAGCACUUUAAUAAUGUCCAUUUAAGACUGCAGCAUUCAUGCUGGAUCAAAGGUCUGUAG